UCACGGAGAGGUCACGCACAUGCUCAAAAGCGCUCACGGGAUAAUGUUGACCCAGACAUUUCGCCGGUCUGUGCCCUCCUGGCUGUGCCACCGUGCCCGGCCCGGGCUCCGGCUGCGGCUGCCCCUGUCUGCCCGAGCCGGCAUGGCCAUCUCCAUCCAGCUCCAGCCCAGCCCCCGGUGCCUGUUCGAUGAGCCGCUCGAGGUGCGGGUGAGCGGCCUCUGCCCGCACCAACAGGUCACCCUCAAGGCUUGGCUCCGCGACGAGAAGGAGCAGCUUUUCCAUUCGGCCGCUCUCUACACGGCCGACCCCCACGGCCAGCUCGACCUGACUCGCUCCCCCUCCCUGGGGGGACACUACACCGGCGUCCAGCCCAUGGGACUCUUCUGGUCGCUCAGCCCCGUCACUCCGUUCACUCGCCUGGUCAAGAGGGACGUGGCCGCUUCUCCCCUCUCCGUCCACAUCGAGAUCUUUGACGGACACUGGAGCCUCGGGCAGCUCCCACCGCAGCCUCUAGCCACCGCCAUCAAUCAGCGCUGGUUCAUGAAGGAGGGUCUGGUCAGGAUCCCAGUCAGAGAAGGCAGGAUCCGAGGGACCCUCUUCGUCCCACCCGGUGAUGGUCCAUUUCCAGGGAUCAUUGAUCUGUAUGGGUCAGUUGGUGGAAUGGUUGAACACCGAGCGAGUCUCUUGGCAAACCAUGGAUUUCUGACACUGGCUUUAGGGUAUUUUGGCUUUGAUGACCUCCCAAAGGAUCUUACAAAUCUUGAUCUGGAAUAUUUUGAAGAAGCUGUGAACUUCUUGAGAAGCUAUCCAAAGGUUAAGGGUCCAGGAGUUGGAGCAAUAGGGAUUUCAAAAGGAGGAGAUCUAGUUCUAUCAAUGACCACAUUUUUGCAACAUGUAAUAGCAGCAGUUAGUAUUGGUGGAUGCAAUGCUAACACAUUGGGGAACCUGCACUACAGAAACAUUACUCUUCCUGGUCUCGGUUUUACUAUAGAAAGAGUCAAAUUUUUAGAAUCCAAGCUGAUCGAUAUCUCUGAAGUGACAAAUAACCCAAUGGAGGAAGAAAACAAAGAUUGUGUUAUCCCCAUUGAAAAGGCUGAGGGGCACUUUUUGUUUGUGGUUGGAGAAGAUGACAAGAAUUGGAGAACUCCACUCUAUGCUCAUCAGGCUGUUGAAAAACUGGAAGAAAAUGGCAAAACAAAUUAUGAACUUAUUACUUAUCCCAAGGCUGGACAUCUCCUGGAGCCCUCGUAUUUUCCAUUUUGCCAUGCUUCUUUUCAUCGGCUGGUGGGACAGCCUGUGGCAUGGGGAGGGAAAAUGAAGCCACACGCACUGGCACAGAUAGAUCUGUGGCCAAAGAUCCAGUCUUUUCUACGAAAACAUCUUGAACAUCAGAACUAGUGGUGAAACUAUUCAGCCUUCGCAUUCCAAAGUUAGCAAAUAAAUUGUUCCUUAGAUUUACAUUAAUCCAUGUUAAUUUGUAAUAAAUUAGCAAAACAGAUUUCUUUUUGUAUAAUUGUAUUUUACUCCGCACUUAAAUAUGUAACAUUGUUUUACAAUGCAAAAAUUGUAUUUGUUACUUACUGAAUUCCAAAAGUCUGCUGUAAUUUUUGCCUGGUAGUUAUACUUUAACAUUUGACUGAGUAAAAUUUUAUAGAACAAAACAAUGUUUGAAUUAAAUGCAAGAUUUUCUGUAUGAAUGCCAUUUCUCAAGCGCCUCAGAAUAAAUAGCAUUUCAGUGUUGGUCCUUGAACUUUUGAAACUAAAUAUCUGGGAUUGGCAAAUGUCAUUAGCUUUUUAUUGAUUUAACAUGAAUGAAUGUAAAAUCAUGAACUGGAAAACCCCCUCCCAGCUGAACAGUAUUCAAUGUAAAAUGUUCACCAGUAUCUUUUGUUUGAAGCCUAACAGAUGAAUUUUCUCUCCCUUUCUUUCAUCAAUAAAUGUGAUGUUUAA